AUGGUCACUCAUUACCUGGAAUAUCCGGCGCCCGCAUCGUCUGACAUCAGCACCGCCGAGCCACGUCGAGUGCUCAUCUUCUUCAUCACCGGGAACCCGGGCCUCAUCGACUAUUAUGCCCUUUUUCUGUCAACCUUGAGCGAACUGAUACGAGACUCUGCGUCCCUUCAGAAGACGGCGCGAUUUCACAUAUACGGCCAGGACCUGGCUGGUUUCAACGACAGCGACCAUGAGCCCUUCACUGCUCACCGAAAACCUCACGACCUAGAAACCCAGAUCCAGCACACCCUCAAGGCGUUGAAAAACAUCCGCAUCGAAGAUGGCCCCCGCCAGGGCCAGCCGUACGACGAUGUCCUACUCGCCGGACACUCCGUAGGUACGUACAUAGCUCUCGAGCUGUGUCACAGAGUCCUGAAAGACCCUGGCCUCGCCCCGAGCUUGAAUCUCGGCUCCGGCAUACUCCUUUUCCCCACCAUCCAUCACAUCUCCAGCUCGCCGAGUGGUAGGAAACUUGACCUCCUUCGCCGAAUCCCCAUUCUAGGGGACAAUGCGUACCGGAUCGCCCAGGGAUUCCUGCACCUUCUGCCGCGCCGCGGCCUCCACUGGAUCGUACGUAGGGUCAUGGGCUUUCCCGUCCAUGCCGCCGAGGUCACGACGCGGUGGCUCAAGAGCCGCGACGGGGUGUGGCAGGCCCUGCACAUGGGCAUGGACGAGAUGAAGGUCAUCGGAGAGGACAAGUGGGACGAUGAGCUAUGGGGGAUUGUCCAUGAAGCCCAGGCCCACGAGAUGCCGGUUCCCAAGUUCUGUUUCUUCUUCGGCAAAAAUGAUCACUGGGUCGCGAGUCACUAUCGAGACGAGUUCAUCCAAAAGAGGCAGAGGCAACCUGAACGUACACAAUUCGUCGUCGACGAGGGCAAUAUCCCUCACGCCUUCUGCAUACACCACAGCGAGACCGUCGCAGAAAAGGUUCACCACUGGAUCACUGACAUGUAUAGCGCUGAUUGA